UAAGAUCUCCUUUCAAUAUGAAGCCGUGUUCUUAUUUUGCUUAUUUAUUUUUAUUUUGUACAACUGUGCUUGGAAAUGAAUCAUUCAUGAAACCGUUGUUUAAUACAAAAACUCUAUAUUUCUGGUUGAAGGAUCCAGCUGAAAGUAUACCAGAAAAUCAAUAUAAUACGUUAAACCAUAACGGCCGGACAUGUCAACUAGAAGGACUCAAUGUUUUAUUCAGACACGGAGCCAGAUACCCUACUAUAAAGUGGAUUAAAUGGAUGACAUCUUUGCAAAUAAAAUUAGCAAGUGGUUCGAAUGUGAAUUCCCGGUAUCCAUUUAUUAAGCUAUGGUCCAAUCCGUUCCCGGAAGCUAAAGAUGGGACCCUUAGUCGUGUCGGGGAAUACGAAAUGUUAAGACUUGCAAAUCGAUUUGCAAGACGAUUUAAAUCUUCCUUACAAGGAAACUUGAAUCAUAUCAACUUUUCAUAUACUCACAAAAACCGAACACAGAACAGUUACAAAUAUUUCUAUGAAGGACUUAACGAAACUUUACAAACUAACAAACAGGAACCAAACGCUAAAGUGGACGACGAAAAACUUCGAUUCUUCGAUAACUGUCACAAAUACAAUGUAGAGGUAGAGGGAAAUGAUAACACUACCACCGAGUAUGAAGUCUUUCUUCAUGGCAAGGAGAUGACAAACGUGAUCAGAAAAGUUGAGACUAAGCUUGGAUUUUACAACUUGACUGCAGUUGAAGUGGUUGUUAUCAACCAAAUAUGUGCGUUAGAGUUGGGCAUGUUCAACAAAUCUGAUUGGUGUAAACUUUUUGACGUAGAUGACCUCCUCGUCAUUGACUACCUGUUAAAUAUAGAGGAUUAUUAUAAGCAAGGAUACGCUUAUCCAAUUAACUGGAAACAAAGUUGUCCAUUUACUUCAUACAUGUUUAAAAGGUUCGACCAAACCGUCUCAACUGCCAGUCUGCAGCAUAAUAAAGUUCCACUGUUAGAUAUCGCAUUUGGUCACAGCGAGACAAUAGUUCCACUUUAUACAGCAUUUGGUUUAUUUCACGAUUCUGAACCGCUGAGAGCAGAUAACUUUGAUGUUAAUAAAAAUCGAACAUUUCACGGUGCUGUCAUUGGUCCGUUUUCAGCAAAUUUAGCAGUCGCUUUGUACAAAUGUGACGGAAACAGUGAUCACGUGGUUCAAAUGUUUGUCAACGAAGAUCAAGUAGUUAUACCGGCUUGUGGGGAGACUAUCUGUAGUUACGGUAAUUUCAAGAACUACUACAGAAAAAUGACAGACUGUAAUUUUGACCAGAUAUGCCAAAAUGAUCCCCACAAACCAGCGUUUGGAUAGAAAA